AUGUCUGGAUAUGACCAUCUGCCUAAGGGCGCCACUCUGAAUGCUGGCGUCGUGCUACUUACCAAGCCUCGUAUGGAUCAGUCCAAGGAUCCUCAUAUGGGCUUGAGAAGGCUUAUGUCGGACUCUUUCCACAUCAAGCGCCUCCUCAUCGAUCGUGCACUGAAGCGGGGACGCAACCGGGCGCGUUCCGACGUGGCCAACUUGGCCACUAGGGUGUCGUCCCUUACACUGGCUCCAGACUCCGAGGACGCUGACACCAAGGAGGUGCUAUACAGUCGCACGCCGCGUUCCUUCGCAACACCCACAGGCACGACGUACGAGCCUCCUCGUACACUAUCGACGCAGGGCCUUCGCAACGUCACGGCCGGGAGCACUCGGCGCCCUCGGCAGGUUUUCCGGAGCGGAACUAUGGCGUCCCCAGAGAUGGUAGCUAAGGACAUUCAGAUCAGAACUGAUGGUAACACUCCUCGUAGCACUAUUUCUACUCGGAUCACUGACGCGUCUAACUCGUACCCGGAGGCUAUGCCGUCUUCGGCUGGAGUCACAGCCAACGAAGCGUGGGAUUACAACCGCAUGCUAUUGGAUACCUCGUCGGAUAUCACCUACGCCAGCAUCACGGGGUUCUUGCUCAUGAUCGAAGGAAAUGCCACGGGUUCAUUCAAGCUCAAACUCUGGAGCGAAAGCGGCGGACAGUUCAUGCAACCUCCUCUUUAUCCCGGUAAAAUCAGUAUCCCUGGUAUCCAGAGCGACCCGCUACCCAAAGGUAUUGUCAAGAUACUGAAAGAGAAAGGGUGGAAGGUCCGAUCAGACGUCUCGUUUGGCGAUGGAGCCGCUCUAGUGCUGGCCGUCCCCUCCAACUGGGAGGAGGGUACUACGGGAGCUCUGGAAGCCCAAGAUAUGAACAGCGACGGCGUCGCAGACCGGCCGUACACGGUAUUCCUCGAUGGUCUCGUAUGGUUCGCCCUCGCGAAAAGCAGCGAAGCCUAUGCAGACAAGUGGCAGGGGAGCGUCGGCCUCGCGCUCCGUGAUCAUGAGGGGCCGCAAUCUGGCCGGUUCUGGGAGAGCAUCCAGCUCAAAUCAAGGGGUCCCACGAGCAUAGGAUACGGGAAGUCACUCUACCUUUGCUUGCCACCGCCUACAUUGGCCAGCGAAAGGAUUCCUCGCGCUCAGUCCCAAGCGUUCAUGUUCAUGGGAGAAUGGGGUCGUGGAAUCGGCACCAUUGCUGGAAUGUCCGACCACGUCGAGUGUCUCGUCUCCGAAGACCGUGGGGGCGAAGUGUACGACGACAGCGACGAAGGCAUGGAUGAUGAUGAUGGUGAUGGUGAUGGUGAUGAUGAUGACGACGACAACGACGAAGGGUGGGGGCAUGGAAAAUGGCGGGUGCUGGUGGAGAAGAUCGUCGUACGUAAGCCCCCCGGUGGCGACGGCGCUGAAGUGGUGGUCCAGUUGGAGCACUUUGAUGGCGAGGCGGUUCGCCCGAUCGAGAUGCUCCUAGACACCGGCGCCGCGACGUCCCACCUCCCGACCGACGUCUUCCACAAGCUUCACCUCGCCCUUGGAGGGGAACGUAUAGAUUGGAGUGACGACGCGUCUAUGUCUGGGAGCUCUGCUGGUGGAGGCAGUAGUACCGGACGAGCAAGCGUUGACGGCGGCGAAGAUCAAGCCAGCUCCUCGGAGUCGGACGCUGACAAGGUGACAUACCGACUCGGCAAAUCGCCCCAACGGAGGCAGAUCCCCAACUACAUCUUCGAGUUUUACUUCCGCGGGGGACCGGUCGACGGUCAGCUCGUCAAGGUCGACGUGAACCCCAAGUGGUUCUUGUAUAAUCCAACGGACCCGAACAUGGAAUCGUUCAUCUUCUCCACGCCGAUCGAAUUCCACGACGACUCCUUAGAGCACUGCGGUCUUCUUGGAACGGGCUUCUUUCAAACGACGCUCGUUGGUUUAUUCGAGGGAGUGGGUUCUGACAUCAAGCCAAGCGUGGUCUUCAGUCCGCUCAAAGCUGACAACCAUACUCUUCCUGAGUCGGUUUUGAACGCCAUUCGUUAA